AUGUUAUUUUUAAUAAUAACUAUUAUAUACUGUAUUUGUGGUCAGUUGUCGGCCAACGGACUCUCACCGGAACAGAAGCUACGGUGCGAACGGAUAAUCAGUGUCUUCGAGUCGGACACCAUUCAAAUCAAGUACACGGAGUGCGAGGACAUUGUCGACGGCCGGGGCUAUACAUGCGGUAAGUUUGGCUUCACUACAGCCACCGGCGAUGCCUACGAAGUGGUCAAACAAUAUACGGGCAAAAAGCCGGUCAACUCUUUGGCCGAGUAUUUGCCUGAAUUAAAACGAUUGGCCGAAGAGUUCAGUAACGAUACGACAGGUUUGGUCGGCUUUCCCGACGCCUGGCAUUUGUCCGCCACAUCUGAUCGCGUGUUUAAUGAGACUCAGGAUGAAGUGUCGGCUUCCAUGUCAUACAAUCCAGCGAUGAAAUGGGCAGAUGUUGCCCAUUUUAAAAGUGCCAUGGGCAAAUGCGCCCUAUACGACUGCAUAAUUCAACAUGGUAACGGCAACGAUGGCGAUGGUUUGCCCGCUAUAUUCAACCGGACAGUUGUGAAAGAGGGUGGUGUAGUGACUGACAAUGAGGGCAAAUGGAUCAGGGCAUUUUUGGAUAUGAGACAGGACGAUUUUAAGCACCCGCACGACCAGAUUAACAUCGAUCACAGGGACAAAUGGCCCGAACAUAGCGAACGGGUGGACGCCUUUAUAGAUAUAUUAAAUGCCGCAAAUAUGGACCUCAACGGACCCAUACAUGUUAAGACUGGUCACCACGAUAUGAUUGUACCUUGA